GCCCGCCCCCCUCCCCCCGUGCCGGCCGCGCCUAUAAGGCCUGGGCGGGCCGGGCCGCUGCACACACGGUCCCUGCCAUGGCGCUCAGCGAGCCCAUCCUGCCGUCCUUUGCUACCUUCGCCAGCCCGUGCGAGCGCGGCCUCCAGGAGCGCUGGCCGUGCAGUGAGCCCGAGGCGGGCGGCGCGGACGAGGACCUCAACAGCGUGCUGGACUUCAUCCUGUCCAUGGGCCUGGACGGUCUGGGCGCCGAAAACUCUGCCGAGCCGCCGCCGCAGCCCCCGCCGCCUGCGUUCUACUACCCGGAGCCGGGCGUCCCGCCGCCCUACGGCACCGCGGCGGCCGGCCUGGGCACCGACCUGCUGCGCCCCGAGCUGGACGCACCCCAGGGGCCCGCCCUGCACGGCCGCUUCCUCCUUGCGCCCCCGGGGCGGCUGGUGAAGGCCGAGCCCCCCGAGGCGGACGGCGGCGGCUACGGCUGCGCGCCCGGCCUGGCCCGCGGGCCGCGCGGCCUGAAGCUCGAGGGCGCCCCGGGAGCCGCCGGUGCGUGCAUGCGGGGUCCCGCCGGCCGCCCCCCGCCGCCCCCGGACACGCCGCCGCUGAGCCCCGACGGCCCUGCGCGCCUGCCCGCGCCCGCUUCCCGGAACCCGUUCCCGCCGCCCUUCGGCCCCGGCUUCGGCGGUCCCGGCCCCGCGCUGCACUACGGGCCGCCCGUGCCCGGCGCCUUCGGGCUCUUCGACGACGCGGCUGCCGCGGCGGCGGCGCUGGGCCUGGCCCCCCCCGCCACCCGCAGUCUCCUCACGCCGCCCUCGUCCCCCCUGGAGCUGCUGGAGGCCAAGCCCAAGCGCGGCCGCCGCUCCUGGCCCCGCAAGCGCGCCGCCACGCACACUUGCAGCUACACCAACUGCGGCAAGACCUACACCAAGAGCUCGCACCUCAAGGCGCAUCUGCGCACUCACACAGGUGAGAAGCCUUACCACUGCAACUGGGACGGCUGUGGCUGGAAGUUUGCGCGCUCAGAUGAACUUACCCGCCACUACCGCAAGCACACAGGUCACAGGCCCUUCCAGUGUCACUUGUGCGACCGCGCCUUCUCCAGGUCCGACCACCUGGCCCUGCACAUGAAACGACACAUGUAGCCUGGGUCGACCCUGCAAUGGCUAGCCGGUGCGCGGCUGUGGCGGGUCCCACGCGCCGGGCACGGCCCCCUUGCGAACUGACUGCUAUUUAUUGGACCCUGAGGACGGGGCCAGGCAGUGUGGCCACACAGGACAUUGACUCUGCCACCAGUUCUGGCCCCCACCGUGACUGAAGGCCCCGAGAAGACAGGAGCCUGUGACGAAUGUUUUCAAAAUGGUGCAAUAAUUGACUUCAUUUCCCUCGGGUCCCCACUAGAGGAUCAGGGCUGGACGCCUUGUGAAAAACGCCUUUGAGUGUACUGUCCCUGUUGUUUUUAUAAUGUAUAUAAGUGACUGGCAGAUUGUAUUACUGAAAGGGAGACGAUGGCAUCUUUGCCGCCUGCUUCGUUUUUAUAAGAUUUUUUAAUUAAAGUUUUGGAUCUUUGGAAGAA